AUGAUUCCGCCUCUCAACGUUGCGGAGAUUGCUCGCCAGGCCGCAGAGUAUGACUUUGACCCCGCCGUGAAGCUGCACUACUGGCUCAGAACGGCUACAUCGCUGGCAGCCGUCUACGAACGAGAAGGAAAUGACCAGCAGGCAUACCUGCUGCUCUUCAGGCACGCUCAACUCGUCCUCGUCAAUGUGAUCAGACACCCGCAAGCCAUCGAUCCAGCCUAUCGACGCGGUGUAGCCGAAGCGCGGCGGGAAGUGCAGCACUCCCUGGAGCGAUUGGAAAUCCUCAAGCCCCGGAUCAACCAGCGUUAUGAACAGUAUAUUCAGGGCCUUCGCGACAACGAGUCCCGGCAGACUCCAGCCUCUCAACUGCGGAAUGAAGUGGCUACGUCGCGCAGACCUGAGGCCCUUGACCCUGCUAUAGCCGGGCGAGCAUUGCCCCUUGCCGCUGCAGAGAAUAAGGAUUUGGCUGUGAAGCUUGCGCAAACGGAAUUGAGACGAAGAGCGGCGGCCAAACUAGGGCGAUACCUGAAUGAGGGAUAUCACUCGCGGCAGCAACACAAAACAGCGCCGUACGGUCAAGACCAGGGGGAUGAUGGGACAGAUGGAGAUGACCUGGCUGGACGGCUUCGAGAAGUGCGGGCCAGAGUUGAACAGGAUCAGUCGUAUAACAGAAGAGCACUACCUUUCCAGGCUACUCGAGACCAGGCUCCGUCGCGCAGGCCUGACUUGAACCAUUCGACGACGACCUAUAGAUACCCUGCCGUUCCUGGACAAAGCUCCUUCAGUAUCACUGAAACAAUCCCACCCGUCCCCAGCAAAGAGCUCGUUCAACCGCUUCCGCUACAGCCUCCAACUCCUCCCGCCAAACUCCCCGAACUCCCCUCGGACACUAUCCCCAUCCCGCCUGCAGCUGGACCACCAAUUCCCGGCAAGAUCGCACACACCACCACCGACACCCUCUCCCCCGAGCCCACUCGCCAAAGCAACAACAUCAGCCCAUCCUCUUCAGACCUCCAGCCCUCCACAUUCACCUUCAAACCGUCAUCCUACCUCGAAAACGGCACCCCCCUCCGCACCAUCUUCAUCUCCCCCGACCUCCGCAAGGGCUUCCUCGAAAUCGCCCGCCCCAACACCCUCCGCAACCUCGAAACCUGCGGCAUCCUCUGCGGCUCCCUCAUCUCCAACGCCUUCUUCAUCUCCAAGCUCCUCAUCCCCGACCAGGAAUCCACCCCCGACACCUGCGAGAUGAUCAACGAAGCCGCCGUCUUCGAGUACUGCGACGCCGAAGACCUCAUGGUCCUCGGCUGGAUUCACACCCACCCCACGCAGACGUGCUUCAUGAGCUCGCGCGACCUGCACACGCAGUCGGGCUAUCAGGUCAUGCUGGCGGAGAGCAUAGCGAUCGUACGGUGUUGGCGUGUACGCAGAGUGGAUUGUUUCACCCGCAUGGGGAGGCGGAUAUCUACACGGAUGCGCUGA